ACCCCCAAAAUCUCUCAAACCCUAAACCCAGACUCUCUCUCUCUCUCUCUCUCUCACUCUACCAUGGCAUCUCUCACUCUCUCCCUCUCUCUCCACCCCUCUUCCAAACACUUCAUUUCCAGUUUCACCCCUCGCUUAUCAACGGCCCAGAUCUUCCCUUCCCCAAAAUGGGCACAGACCCACCGCCCCAAACCCAUCUCCACCGUCCAAAUGUCCUACAAAAACAAUCCCCCUUCCUCCGCCCCAACCCCUGCUCCGGAACGCCUCAUCUCCGCCGUCGCCUACACUCUCCCUUUCUUCAACUCCCUCCAGUACGGCCGUUACCUCUUCAUGCAGUACCCCCAAUUGGGCCUCCUCUUCGACCCGUUUCUCCCCUUGCUGGGCCUCUACCGGGCCUUCCCGUACGCUAGCUUCGUCGCCUUCUUCGCGCUCUAUUUGGGCGUCGUUAGAAAUCCUAGCUUCAGCCGCUACGUGCGGUUCAACGCGAUGCAGGCCGUCACUUUGGACGUCCUCCUGGUGGUGCCUCUGCUCUUGACCCGGAUAUUCAAUCCGGGUCGGGCCGGGAUCGGGUUCAAGUUGAUGCUUUGGGGCCACAAUGCGGUGUUUGUUUUUAGUUGUUUUUGUUUUGUUUAUGGGUUGAUUUGUUCUAUGUUGGGUAAAACUCCGUAUUUGCCCUUCGUGGCGGAUGCCGCCGGAAGGCAACUUUAGGUUGUACGUUUUGGGAUAUUAUUGACCUUUUGAGGAGGAAUGUACAAGUGGUAGAAGAGGGGCUAUUAGGGUUUUUUCCGAUUUGUGAGGAAGUGCUUUUGUUGUUGCCGAUGGGGGUGAUCGUUGCAAGUGGAGGUUGUACCUUAUGGCGGCGUUUUUGAAGUUUUUGGGAAUGAGAGGUACAAGUGGGAGAAGAGGGUCAAAUUAGGGUUUAUGUAAUUUGUGAAAUGCUUUUGAUUUUGUACAAAUUUGAAGUUACUCAAAUGUAAUAACACUAUUGAGGAAUUCAAUUUUAGUUGUUUUUAGCUUAUUUUUCUAA